CAAGGAUGAUGGGGAUAGCUGAGGGUGAUGGAGGUGACCUAUAGAGGAUACCUGGCGGUGACAGGGGUACCCCAGGGUGACAGGGGUACCCCAGGGUGAUAGGGAUAUGCGGGGGCGAUGGAGGUGACCCACACGAAGCCGCAGCCGCCCCUUGCUCCCGUAUCCCCACAGAUGGUGCUAUCCCCGCGGCCGUGGCACGCAUUGGUGGCCCUGUCGCUCUGUGCCCUGCUGUGCUUGGCCGCGCUGGCGGCCGCGUACCCCGCCAAGCCCGAGAGCCCCGGGGACGACGCGUCCCCAGAGGAGAUGGCCCGGUACUUCUCGGCCCUUCGCCACUACAUCAACCUGGUCACGCGGCAGAGGUACGGCAAACGCGCCAGCCCCGACGCCGCGGUGACGGAACUGCUGCUGGGGGCCGGCAGUGACAGGUCAAGGUACGACGACGACUCCGCAUGGUGAUGGCACCCC